AUGCAUUCUUCGCUGGUCCGUGUUCAAAGUGUCUUUAGUUUCUUUACAACAGUUACAUUCUGUGUCGCUGCCUUUAUAGCAUUGUCAACUGUUCUUUCCCCCACAAACCCAACAGCUACAGUCGAUGUUCGCAAGUUUCGUGUGAUAAAGGGCCGGGCUCACCAAUAUUAUGCCUCAAAAGUGCAGGAAUACGCAUUCAUUAACUUUGAUCUUGAUGCUGAUCUAGGAUCUCUCUUCAACUGGAACACAAAACAAGUAUUCACCUAUAUAUCUGCCUCUUACCCGGGCUCUAAAUUUUCUGAGAAUGAAGCUGUCAUCUGGGAUGCAAUUCUCCCUCACCGCUCAGCUUCGAGACUCCACCUUAAGAAUGAACGCGCAAAAUAUAACAUCAAUGAUAUAACUGGGAAAUUUUCUGAUCUCGGACUGUCUGAGGCGUUCACGUUACCGCCUUUGGAAGGUAAAGAGAAGGUCUCGGCAAAGAACUAA